AUGACACAAGAUCUGAUUGAUAAUUUCUAUGGAAAAAAUUUAAUUAAAGAUAUGGUUGAUAAAAACCUUGAGUUGGGUAUAUCAUUAGAAAAAUUAUAUGAUGAUCUUAUUAUAACAACAUCGUCAGGAUUAAAUAUAGUUAAAUUAACGAUUAUGUCAAUUAUUUGGCAUUUAUAUGUAGAGAAAAACAGAAGAUGGCAUAAUAUGCUUUAUGAUAAAGUUAAAAUUUUAAAUGAAGAUGGUUUUAAUUAUACAGAGUUAGCAAGUCUUCCGAAUUUUAACGCGUUUAUAUCAGAGGUGAUACGAUAUGAGUCAUCGUUUUCAUUUUUAAAUAAUUAUGUAAUUAAAGAUUUUGAAAUGGUUAUUGGAAAAAAAGUUUACAAAUUAAAAAAAGGAACUUAUAUAAUGUCAAAUACUUAUGCAAUUCAUCAUGAAAAAGAUUCUUUGUUAAAAUUCGAUCCUUCUAGAUUUUUAAAUAAGAAUGAUGAUUUAUGUUUUGUGCCUUUUGGCAUCGGUGGGCGUAGUUGUCCAGGAAAAUCAAUUGGUUUAUCUAUG